AAGAACAGACACACGCCAGCUGCAGUCUCGCGUGGGUGAGGUGUGGUGGAUUCGUGCUUGGAUUGGAUAGACGGCUAACUCGGGUCUCCCUUGCAAGCUCACCUGGCAGGGUACGAGGGUUCAUCUUCCCUCCCCCGAAAGGGGAUGCCCACAUGCCACAGGACUGGGCAUCCCAAGAUGCGCAAGCCGUAUGUGCAGCUGUCUGUGCGUCCAGGAGGGAAGAUGGGUAAAAUCCUUCUUAUUCUCCUUCUUCUUGUGCUGGUUCAUCACUGCGCAACUGCCACAGGGAUCGGGGUUUCAUUGUGGCGGUUGAAGCACACCCAUUGGAGCAUCUCACAAAUAUCAACCGUAACAAAUGCUCGGCCUGUGUUAUCCAAGCUUAGCAGUCGUUGUUUUGGGCCGGGGUCGACAAGACCACCCAGAAGUAGGGACGGAUUGCGGAAGACGGGCGCCGUCACUGAUGAAGGGUUAGCCUUUCUGCGCGGUCGCAGUCACGGCGUGAGACGUCUCGAGCCGAUGGAAGCCCUAGAUCAGACCGUCCCACGAAUCCACGAUAGGCGUCCGCACCUUCUGCACCUACUGCACCUGACGAACUCUGAACGCACGCCGAGGCUGCUCUAGCCGUGACACGUUGCAGGCCGACUGUUGUUGCUCAGAAGCAAUCAUGUCGAGUGGAUGGCAUGUGGAAGUCUGUUUGUUUCGUUUCCAGCGCUUGUUUCGCGCCAUCGUAACCAAAGUUUCUCGGUGUUGUAGCCCAGAAACAAGAACUAUCCGCAACGCCUAAUAAGUGCACUUAUUGUGUCUUUUGGACCCAUCGAGCUCGGCUGGUUGGGGCCGUCUAAAUGACAAUUGUCUAGCCACGCUGUACCUGCACUUGGGCCA